UCAAGUGGCUGCAGGCAUCAUGCCAGUGCACUCAGGUGCCCCGCAGUGACACCUCACUCUCCCUCCGACGUCAUCCCGCAUGGGUGGCCCGUAGGCAUAACUCAGCUCAGUGCCUGCAGGAAUGGCCUCCCUCGCAAAGAGCACCGCACGGGGGAUCAGGGAACCCGCUCGCACCACGUCAAGCUGCAUGGCAUCUACCCAUCACUCCGUCAAGUCGAUUGGUCCAUCCAAGCCUGUACCUGCAGAUUUGGCCUGCACGAGUGGUUGAUGAACCGGGCGAUGCUGCCGCACUCUGCGGCGUCGAUGCGGGUCGUCAUUAAACGCUCACCCCUGCACACCCACACACAGCCAGACAGAUGGAGGUUUGAUUCCAACCAUUGGCAGCCCGCCAACCCACCGAGCGAGUGACUGACUGACUGACCGACCGACCGACCAAUGCUCUCUUGUCGUGAGUAGGAAGUUGGGUCGCAGCGGGCGGGAUGAGCGCAUGCGGCUCUCGUUCUCGGCGUCAAGACGCUGCAUGGCAUUGCGAGGACAGACAGACAAGUGUAGAGAGAGACAUGCUGGCGGGUGGAAUGCAAUGCACGCCGACCGACCUUGAGGCGUGUAGUGGCUUCGUCUUCUGUGAGGUACUCUCCCGCGUACUCAGCCACAAAGGCGCCUGCCCACGGUAAACAAAUGGGUAAAGACAGACAAACCCCAUAAUAGUAUUACCCUGCAUCUGGACACUCUCACCCACCUCUGGGAAUGCCCUCGAGUGUCCUCACGCUCCAGCCGACAGUGUCCUGCCAAUACACCUGCAAGACAUCAACCCAUCCAUCCAUCCAUCAUGUGACGCACACACACGCCACCACUGUCUGUUUGCGCCUAAACCUCAAGUUUCCACCGCACGCCGCCCUGCGCCACCCGAUUGCGGCACCCGCCCCCUUUGGCACACCCACAGGUAGAAUGGCACUCGAUGAUGGGCCUUUGCUGGCUGUUCCUUCUCCCAGGAGGAAGGGAGAGAAGGCCGUCGGGCGUGUAGGAUGGCCCGCCGCUGGCAGACACGCUGAGACACACGCAAUAUAUAAGGAUUGUUUGCGUGCUGCAUGAUUGAUGUCUGGAGGAGGUAUGCCUCAGUUUACCAAGGGCAGUGGUUGUCGACGCAGCUCACAGAAAGGCCGGAGCAUGAGCAGGCCAGGAAGUCGCCUUCACUGUCUGUCUUCUGCUGCGCGGCGAACGAUGCCGAUGGCCGGCUGGUGCCAACGUACUGCGUGAAUGCACUCACCCACACACGACAGAGCGCAUUGAAUGUGUGUAUGUUGAAUGUGUGUCUACUGCAUCACAGCUGACCUGGAAAUGGGUCGGCUGCCUCAUUUCGACUGCAGUGUGUGGAGGGAUCAGUGGUGGGAGAUGACAGACGAUAGGUGUCGGCUCGACACCGCCAGAAAGGUCGCAAAGGACAGGCACGCUGCAACAAGUGCGACACAGCGAACAGCGACAGCAAAAGUUCGUUGAGCUCAUGCAGGUCUACGGAAACGAUCCAUUGACAUGCAACCAUCACGCGUGCACGAUAGGCAAAAGCGCAAAAAAAAACAAAAAACUAAUAGCUCGAACGAAGCGCCACUGACCUAGUCCCCUCCUCGCUGUCUCAGCCCUCGUCCCUUACUCGGGCUGCUCGAGUCUCUCCACCUCUGCUCGGAUGUUCCGUCGCGCAUCCGCCUCGGCCGUCCCACCCAGAUGGGAAAACAGCUGAGGCCGAUCCAGCAGCGACCGCAGGAACUUGGCCCGCUCACUGCGGUACACCGAUGGCGCCAAAUGGGUGUACUCGAGACGAAUCUGAAGAGAAGACAGGCAGGCACAGAAAGGUGCUUGUGGGGACACAGGCAUCUGUCGCUGCUCACCUGAUCUGCAUAUGCAUCGUAUUUCUCUUUCUCCGACGCCAGCACACUCAGGUCGAAGUCCAGGAACCACUGCAUGGCCUGAACCCACUCCUCUCCCCACCCCUCAGCCCUCAGCCGCUCCGCACCCGACGCACCAGCCCACUCGAAAUGGCUCGCCGUCGCCCGCACAAACAGCACGGCCGCAUCGGCCACCUGCCGAUGCAUCACGCGCAGGCUGACCUCUUGGAUGAAGGCCUCGAGCAGCUCUGCCGACCGCUCUUCGUUGUCUUUGCGGUGGGGGACAUAGAUGGCGUCGUGGAACCAGACGGCGAGGGAGAUGGCACACGCACAGGGGGGCGGGACGGGGGGGCUGUGGGUGGUUUGCAGGGAGAUGAGGUCGGAUAUGUGUCGGAGGGUGUGAUAGUGCCGCCAUGGCUCCAGGUGCAUGUCCACCAGCCGCAUGAACCACACGUCGGCUACCUCCUCAUCCACCUUUAGCUGCUGCACCGUCAGCUGCCGAAACAUAUCCCGCAUGGCCGGCACCACCACCCCAAGCGCCUGUGCACGGUCGGCCUGGUGUUUUCUCAGGUCCGUCGAGCUCAGCUUGCCGCUGUUGCUGUCAUUCCCCUGACCCUUGCCCUCCUCCUCCUCCCCGCCCACCACUUGCAGCUCCAGCAGCUCCACUGGCGGCUUGCCGUUCUCCUCUCGCACCUUGUUGACAUGCUCCCCGCCCCUCCGUGUCUCGCUCGUGACGACCAGCGCGUCGAAAUCGAUCGUCCCGGCGGGCCCGACCGGGUCAUUGAGAACAUCGAUGUCAACGUCGUCGCCACUCUCGACCCUCACUCUCGACACGAAGGUUCGCACCGCCUCCUUUCGCGUCCUGUAGGGAUCGAGGAAGUCGCCGUGCCGCUUCUUGGUCAGCAUCGACGGGCCCGUGAUGCGGAGAAUCAUGGUUUGCUUGGUGAGCAGCCUCGUGAAGGUCAGCAGCAACUUGUGGCCGGCGUGGAGGCGGUCGAAGGUGCCGGCAAAGACGGACCGAUUCACGCGCCGAUAGCUGCCUUGGCGCACUGGUGGGAGGGGCGGGAGGGGCGGCAUGUCUGGCGGCUGUGCUGUUGGCACGCCGAGCGACGGAAGAGGCGAGCCAUCACUCAUCAGAGGCAGAGUGAUGGCCGGUUCCUCAGUCAUGGCCGUGCCGUCAGUGAAUCCAAUAGGCUCCUCAUGCUCACCCAGACACAGCGCCAAGUCCCUUGCAGAGGCCAGGGGCAGCAGGCAGACAUCCAGCAGUGGGUUGGUGUGCUUCAGGCCGACACGCGCCAGAUACCCAUAGAUGACAGAUAAAACAUCGAAUAGGUACUGCCGGGGUGCCGUGUGGUCGUCUGGCGCCAGCCAGUAGAUCAGAAGCUGCCUGCGGACGAGGCGGACACACGAUGCAGCCCACAGCAAGAAGCGGUGGAAGUCGGGCUGUGAGAGGCGCGUUGGAUCUUGGACCACGACCACACCGACGCCAUAGCGAAACGAAGGCACAUCAGCCAU